GAGGCGAGCAGGAGCUUUGAAAGUGUUGAGGCUCCGGUCGUGCCGGAGGAACCAUUGGAGGAAAUGUUCGGCUGGUUGAUGUGCUAUGGCGAGCCCAGCAGCGGCAACCGCUUGCAGGUGGCUCGUUUGGCGAAGGCUUCGGCCGGCACGCCAGUUGCAGGCCUCUUCUGGAAGAAGCGCUUCAUCGAGUUGAAAGACUCGCAGCUCAUUUGUUGGGCCAUGGAGCCGUCAGCCCGUCAAAGACAGUCGCCCGCGGCCCUGUUGGUCCUUUCUCAGCUGGAGGAGGUCGCGGUGGAAGGAAAGACGCUGACGCUGCACAUGCGGAACCAGCGGGUCACCCUGCAGGCGCGGGCGGAGACGGAGGCCUCGGCGCGGACCUGGGCCUCGGCGGUGAAGAGCCACGCGGCGCGGGCCAUCAGCAAGAGCCUGCCGCCCGGCUGGGACGUGGAGGCGAUGCUGAGCAGCGGAGUCGGCGGUUCUGCUGCAAAGCUGGUCAACAAAGAACUGCUUCCACCUGAUUGCAAGCCCGCGUUCCAGAAGCUUCUGGAUCACUGCUUCGUGUGUAAGGGCACGAAGGAUCGCCGCGGCAACACUGUGCCGUUGAGAUUGGAGAUGGUGGAUGCCGUCCGGGUGCAGAACGGCGCCGCGUGGAUGGAGUACAGCAAGGCCAGGAUGCGGAUUUGCAACAAGGUGUUUGCCGACGACAGCUGGGCGAAGCAAAACGCCGACUGCGAGUCUUGCAGCUCCGCCUCGGAAGGCCGAACCAGCGGGAGAAGCGGGGGUGAGUUGGCUUCCAGCGAUGGGACCUUCCACUGGGACCCCUUCGGCAUGCAAUCCUCCCUCUUGACAGGUACUAUGGAGAGCAAGGACCUGCAGGAGAUUCUGGGCAGCAUGGACCAGUCCUCCAAUGAGCAAUGGCUGUUCCACGGCACCUCCAGAUCUGCGGUGCAGAAUAUCUCGGACCAAGAGUUCCGACUGGACAAAGCUGGCAGCCACAGGGGGACAUUGUACGGAAAAGGCGUCUACUUCGCGGAGUGCGUGACGAAGGCGGAUGAGUACUGCGAAGAGGAUGCGGACGGCUACUGCUGGAUGCUGCUGUGUCGAGUGGCCCUGGGGAAGGUCAUGGUGUGCAAGGACAAGAAGCCCGCCGCAGACAUUCUAGAUCAGUGCAAGGCUGGCCAGUUCGACUCCCUGAUCGGGGAUCGCUGGGCAGCGGUGGGUACCUUCCGAGAGUUCAUUCUCUACGACCCCGACCAGGUGUAUCCCGCAUUCAUCAUUCGCUACAAGCGCUGGAGCGAGGCUGCCUUUUGUCGCAGCAUCCGAGAAAGCGCAGAGUCACAGGACUUGGAGCUGGCUCACGAGCUGUACCCACAUGCGGCCAUCCUCGCAGAAGAGCACCCAGAUUCCACGGUGAGGUACCGCCUGUCUCUGCUGAUGGAUGCGCACUCCGAUUCCGUGGUGCCCAUUCUGAGCGAGGCCUUGAAAGAUCCCCGGCGGCGAGUGCGACUCAAUGCGACCAAGGCGUUGAUGAACAUGGCGGGCCAGACCAGCUCCGUCGAGGCGCUGCCGGACGGCUCGCGCUACCGGCGCCACCGGGAUGGAGUCCACGUGGUGGUGAGUGCCGUGCCAGCACUCACUGAUUGCCUCACAGAUAGCGACCGAUUCGUCCGAAGAGCGGCAGCAAGAGCGUUGGAGAGGCUGGGGGAGCACGCGGCGCCGGCGGUGCCCUCGCUCAUCGUCUCCCUGCGCGACCGCGAGGAGGAGGUCCGCGCGGCCGUCGCCACUGCGCUGGGACAACUUGGCCGCGCUGCUUCUGAGGCGCUGCCGGCCAUGCUGCAAGCAUCCCUGGAUGCGGAAGAGUCCGUGCGUGUGGCGGCUCUGGGCGCCCUUGGCUUCCUGGGGCUGAGCUCCUCGCCGGUCUUGGAGGUGCUCACCGUGGCCUUGCGGGAUCCCAGCUCCGAGAUCAAGAGCGCGGCCGCGGGGGCGCUGGGAAUGCUCAGCGCCACCAGCUCGGUGGAGGCCUUGGCCACGUGUCUGGCGGACGCCCAGAGCCACGUGCGCGCCGCCGCCGCGCGGUCUCUGGGACAGAUUGGCGGCAAGCAUGCGGCCAGCGCAGUGCCACGGCUCACCCAGUGCUUGAAAGACGCGGACCACGUGGUCCGGCGGUCCGCAGCUGUCUCGCUGGGGCGCAUCGGGACCAACGCGACCUUUGCAGCCCCGCACUUGGCAGACUGCAUGAGGGAUUCCCACAGCCAGGUGAGAGAGGCGGCGGCCAUCGCAAUUAGCCGCCUCGGGGUCACCGACAAGAUCGCCCACAACGUUUGCAUCCAGUCGCUGGUGAAGCGCGGGCUGACCGAUAGCUCAUCGGACGUGCGCCAGGCAGCCGCCGAAAGCCUGCUGGACCUGGCGCGGGGCGAGCAGCUGGGAAUCCAAAAGGGCAUCAUCAGAGAGGCGAUGACCAUCCGCACGAAGGAUGAGAACGCCAAAGUGAGAGCCACCGCGUCGACAUGCCUGAGCAUGCUCAACAUGCAAGAGGAUGCGCACCAGAAGAGGAAGAAGCACAAGGCGAAGAAGCGGGGCGACUCGCGCGAGCCAGAUGCGGAUGCGGAUGAUGACGAAGAUGUUGAGCUGGAUGGCGCGCUGGAGCUGGAGGACAUCGCGCGGCUGGUGAUUUCAUUGACGCGGCGCCUCAAGGACUGAGAGGAAUCCUCAGCAAACUCCCGCGGGGUGGUCCAAGUGGCCCGGGGCUUGCGGCGAACA